AUGGCAUCAGUUGCUGCUGCUGCUGCUAUCCGUCGUAUUCCACCACCACGUAUUUAUGUGUCUACUAUAGCUGCUUCUAUCAAUCGACGUCGAUCGACAACGGAAACCAAACAACCGACAGUCUAUGAAAAUGAUCAAGAUCAUGAAAAAUGUUUCAUUCAAGAAAAUGAACUACGUGAACUUAAUCGGCGUCACUUAAUACGAAUCGAAUUACUUGAAAAUGAUUAUCGACAAUUAGAUGACGAUAUGGCACAAUUACAACAUGAACAUAAUGCUCUAUUAAAACAAAAACGAAUGCUAGAAGAAGAACUUGAGCGUUCAUCUUAUCAUGCUACUUCCAAUGUUGAUCUCCAUGUUUACACGCAAAGACUUGAAAAUGAAUGUCGCGAUUUACGAAGUCAAAUAACUCUGCGUGAAAAAGAAAAGUUUGAAUUAAAUGAAAUGAUUGCCGACUUAGAAGUUCAAAUGAAACAAGCGCGUGAACGACAAGAAGAAUGGCGAGAUGCAUACAAUGAACUCGAAAAUACAUUAGCAAUAGAAACAGAAACACGUCAAUGUCUGGAAGUGAAAUUAAAAGAAGCUAAUAUUCAUCAAAAAGAGAAUGAAAAUCAAAUUCAUCGUUUAAAAGCGGACUUCGAUGAACUUAUUUUAACAAAACAAGAAGUUCUCAAAGCAAAUUAUAUCUUAGUUCAAAAUGCGGAAUCACUUCGUGAACAACUUCGAACGGUUCGUACUCAGGCAGCGGAGGUUCGAAUUGUUUCUGCUUCAUUAAGCACAUCGUUCGAUAAUCUAGAUGAAUCUCUACCAUGUUUAAUCUACGAUAACGAUAAUGAUGAUACUCCUGAUUGCGAAAAUAUGAAUAAUCAGUCGGGAAAUGGUCAAUCAUCAUUAUUCAGUGAAAUAAAUUCGCUAGAAACAAUGUCGAAUGAAACUAUCACAAAAUGUCUUGAUGGUACGCAACAAGAUAUUGAACUUGAUUUACUCUUAGCUAAAACAACAGCAGUGUCAUCGUCAUUAACUUUAAUUAAUCAAUUGAUCAAUGAAGUAAAAUGUCUUCAUAGAGUUUUGCUCGAGCAAGAAAAUUAUGAUUGCGUUGUUAAUCAAGAACAUGACCGUUUAGAAAACAUGAAAAUAUUACUAAAACGUGUUCUAGAUAAUACUCAAGUUUUUGAUACUCGAUUUCGUAAAUUACAAUUGUUGCUAAUUGCUAGUCGAGAACAACAACAAUGCCACCAAGCUGAACUAGAUGAUUUCUUUCGUCUUGUUGAUAAACGUCUACUAUCUGAAAGUGAAGAAUCAUCAAAUCAACAACAUCGUCUCGUAUCUAUUCUCGAAGCAUAUGAACAUGAACUUAAUCGUUUACGUCAAACUACUCGUACUAAUGAUGACACUAUUCGCUCAUAUGAGAGACGACUUGCCGAACAACAAAGUAUGGCAAGUAACUGGCGAAUGAAAAAUACAUUUUUAGAAAAAAAUCAGCGAAAACUAAUUGAUAAAAUCAAAGAACUAAACAGUGAACGUCGGCAACUAAUAGAAUCAUCAGCACAAAAACGAACUCGUCGACGAGCACAACCGACAAAUCAAAUAGAACAAAAGCAAGAAAAGCCGCCAGUAAUUUUGCCACCACCAUCAAAACCUGAAAUUCGUACUUAUCAUCUAACACGUUCUCGUUCACUUCCAUCGUUAAAAUCUUCUAAUAAUGGUCGUCAAUCACGCAAUGAUUCCGGUGUUGUAUUGAAUGAUGAAAUAUUCAAUCAUCAAUCUCAAUCAAUAAUUCAUAAUCGUCGUCGUAUAAAAACAAACACAAUAAAUCAACUUGUUAUGCAUACAUCAAAUCAUGUAUGUAUCCAGAAAAAUAUCAAUAGUAGUACUAUUUCAAAUAGUAAAUAUUUAACUCAUACUUCAUGUCGAUUCCAUUGGCUGUUUCAUAUAUUUUUUCUAUUUAUCAUUUCUCUUCUAUUUUCAUUUAUAAAACUUUUUCCUCUUGAUAAAUAA